AUGCCUGCCACUGUGAAGAGAACCAACAGCAUACGCGACAGUCCAGGGCCUGAGUCGUCUCGUGUGAACAAGAGAGUCAAGAAAACCGCCAGUUUUCAAAUGGAAGAGGUGGAGCAGUCAGACGACGAGGAAGAUGGAGUGCCAGGCAUGGAAGAUUCGCAAGAUCUUCUAAUUGGAAACGACGACGAUGACGAUGACGAUGACGAUGAGGAGGAAGAGGAAGAGGAAGAGCAAAUGGACGAGGGCGACAGAAAUGUAAACGACAUUAUCCAGAAGGGCCCUAGACGUAACAUGGGGAACUUGGAUGAUCUCAAUUUCAACAAAAUGGAAGUCAACGAGGCUGGUACCAUCUCUCGUGUGGAGUGCGUCAAUUUCAUGUGCCAUAAGUUUUUGCAGAUUGAUCUUGGACCCAAAAUCAACUUUAUCAUCGGUCACAACGGAAGUGGUAAGAGUGCCAUCUUGACUGCCAUCACAGUUGCACUAGGUGCAAACGCAAGUGCAACCAACCGUGGUAAAUCAGUCGGCUCGUUCAUCAAGGAGGGAACAAGUGCUGCUAUCGUCACUAUCCACCUCACUAACAAUGGGCCCAAUGCCUAUCGACCUGACAUCUACCCUGAGCGCAUUAUUGUUGAACGUAGAAUCAAUAAGGAGGGUGGAUCUCCAUACAAAAUCAAGAACAAGUCAGGCCGUGUUAUUUCCACCAAGAAGGAGGAUUUGGUUGCCAUCCUGGAUCACUUGAAUUUGCUGGUCAACAAUCCGCUCACCAUGUUGACCCAAGACAUGGCGAGAAAGUUCCUGAGCGAUAGUUCUGCUGAGGACAAGUACAAACUGUUCAUGCACGGCACCCAAUUGACUCAACUUCAGAAUGACUUUACAAUCAUCCGCGAAAGUCUGGAGACAGCUUCAAACACACUCAAGAGAAAGAAGGAAGGUCUAUCGAGUUUGCAGGUCAAAGCAGCUGAAGCUCAGAGAAAGUACCAAGACAUGGAAGCAGCCAAGGAGGUGGAGAGCAAGAUUGACGAAUUAAACAACGAGCUGGUUUGGUCUCAAAUCAUCCGCAAGGAAAAGGAGAGAGAUGCCAAUGAAAAGCAGAUGAACGAACUCCAGCAUGAGCUAGACAACAUUAGAGAAGCACAGGAUUAUUACAAACAACAAGUGCAUACAGCAGACACUCAUAUUCUGGCUAUCAAUGAAGAGUGGGACAAGUUUAGAAACGAGCUGAACCCUGAUGAAGAAGAAAGGAAUCAAUUGAUCCAACAAAAGGCUGAAGCAGAUAUGCAGAUAUCGACCUACAUUAGUGAUCUCAAUGAAAUUAAUAGUCAGAUCAAGGUGACAAAAACAGCCAAACAGAGCCAUCAAAAGCGACUAGAUGAGGAAACUGAAAAGAUGGAGGCCUCUAGUCGUCUCAAGCGCAAUGAAAUUCUUGACGAAAUCAAGCAUUUGGAGAAAACAAUGGCUGAAAAGGUCGUUAAAGCCAAAAAUUUCGACAACGAAGUGCAAGAAUUGCAAUCCAAGAUUACGCAGAUGGAGGAAGGCAAGAGAAACCUGGAGCGCGAAAUUAGUCAACAUCGACACCAUAGAGAGGAGGCAACCAAACUCAAGCGAGACAUGGAGCAUCAACGUGGUGACAGAAUGAGAGCGUAUGGUCCUCGUAUGCCUGAAGUCUUGCAAUCUAUUCGCAGAGAAACACGCUGGGAGAAGAGGAGGCCUGUGGGUCCAUUUGGUGCCACUCUGGAGUUGCUGAAACCCGAAUUUGCCACUGUUCUAGAAGGCGUGCUCAACAACUCUUUAAAUGCCUUUGUAGUCGAGACGUUCAAGGACAGAGAGACACUCGACAAGAUCCUUGCUGAAAACCAGAUGAGAAACGUUUCCGUGUUUGUAUCUGACUAUGACAUCUUUGACUACAGCUCUGGCGAGCCUGAUUCCCAAUAUCUCACCGUGCUCCGUGCCCUGAAAUUCAACGAUGAAUGGGUCAAGCGUCAACUCAUCACUACCAACAAGAUUGAAAAGAUGCUGCUCAUGUAUAACCGUCAAGAAGCCGAUGACCUCAUGUUCAAAGGCCCUCCUCGCAACGUUGAUCUGUGCUUUACUAAAGAAGGCUACAAAGUCGGUGGCAAGCGUGGUAUGAAGACCGAGUCUGUUGAUUCCUAUCGAGGAGCACCUCGCUUCCAGAAGGACAUUGACAGAGCCAUUGCCCUCGAAGAAAAGAGAGUUCAGGAGGCACUUAAGCUGGAAAACGAAAAGAAAGAAACAUACAAAAGAGUAAGCAAAGAGUGCAGAGAUCUUGAGCAACAAAAGAAAGAUUGCCUCAAAUGUUUGCAAGGCGUCAAGAGAGAAAUUGCAGGCUUGGAAAGCACCAUCAGUCAAAAGAAGGAGGCACUCAAGGAGGAAGAUCCUGUCGAUUUGAAGAUUUUCCACGACGACAUCAAAGAGUGCGAGGAAAAAAUUAAGCGAUACGCCGGCCAAUUCAGCGUCAUUACCAACUCUCAAGCUCAGGUCAGAGAAACGCUGGCAGAAAUCAAGAGAAAGUUACAAGCAAUUAUGACCAGAGAAGCAAGUAGACGCAACCAGUCAGACGAGUUUCGAAACAAAGUGGGCAAGAUUGAGCAGCAAAAAUCACGGGUCGUGGCACGCUUAGAGGAACUCAAUGUCAAGGCACAGACCGUAAAAGUCCGUCUCGAGAGAAGCAAAAAUCUGUGGUUGGAGAGUUCUCGCAUGGUGGAAAGCUGGAUCGCUCAAAGUGCUGAAGACUAUCCGGACCGUAUUGAAACCAGUAGAAGUCCUGCCACUAUUGAAAAGGAUAUCAAACACCAUGAGGGCAUUGCGCAAGAAACGGAGGAACGACAUGGCAUGACGCUUACUCAAGCACAAGACCAGAUGUAUGCUGCAUUAAAAGAAUAUGACGAGGCCAAGAAGACCAUUGAGGGCCUGAGAAAGGUCCAAAAAUGCAUUAGCAAGAUGCUUACCCAACGUCAGGAAAAGUGGGACGCCUUUAGACAGUACAUUUCUCUUGCAGCCAAGAGCUACUUUGGUUACUACCUUCAUUUGCGCGGUGAUGAUGGCUCUCUUCGAUUCAACCAUCAGCUCAAGAGACUUGAGAUUCGUGUUGCUACAGGCGAUCAAUUCAGCAAGGGUACUCGCCAAAAAGAUUCUCGUUCGCUAUCUGGUGGUGAAAAGUCCUUUUCUCAAAUCAGUUUGCUAUUGUCCUUGUGGCAGAGUAUCUCGUCUCCACUUAUUUGUCUAGAUGAAUUCGAUGUGUUUAUGGAUGCUGUCAAUCGUAAGCAGACCAUGAGCAUGAUUAUGAACGCCGCAUGUGAUAACACAUCACAAUACAUUCUUAUUACUCCUCAAGAUGCGAGUAACAUGGAACCAGGACCUUAUAUCACCGUUCACAGAAUGGCAGAUCCUGAUCGCGCUUCUUGA